CCAAAUCGGGCGGGUUUCUCCGCCAUGUCAACGUGACUCAUCCCCCCACUAUUCCACGCGGAGCCGGCGAAAAAAGAAAGCAGCAAACGAAAUUAUUCGCCCCUUUCCAUUCCACGCGCUUUAUGGUCGGCCGGGGAUCCCACCCCCCUGAGCCGCCACACCCGCGCCGGCCUCCCAUUCCUCCGCCCCGCCCACCACGCCGCGAGGAGCAGCAGCAGCAGGAGGAGAUCUCGGGAGGCGGCGGCGCGCGAGAUCCGGCGUCGGAGCGGCGGCGGCCUGAUUGAUUGAUUGGUUGGUUGAUCGAUUGAUCGGUUGACUCGACGAUGGUGCGGGAGACCGGGUACUACGACGUGCUCGGGGUCAGCCCGGCGGCCACCGAGGCCGACAUCAAGAAGGCCUACUACGUCAAGGCGCGGCAGGUCCACCCCGACAAGAACCGCAAUGACCCCCUCGCGGCCGAGAAGUUCCAGGAACUGGGGGAGGCAUACCAAGUACUUAGUGACCCCGCACAGCGUCAAGCAUAUGACUCAUAUGGGAAAUCUGGUAUUUCAACGGAAGCAAUGAUUGAUCCAGCAGCAAUUUUUGCAAUGCUAUUUGGUAGUGAGGUUUUUGAGGAUUACAUUGGUCAACUGGCGAUGGCAUCCAUGGCUUCACUCGACAUUUUUGGUGAAGAUGAAAAGAUUGAUGCAAGGAAGUUACAAGAGAAAAUGCGAGCUGUACAAAAGGAAAGGGAGGAGAAACUUGCAGAGAAACUGAAGAAUAGAUUGCACAUUUAUGUUCAAGGAAACAAAAAGGAGUUUAUCCAGGUUGCUGAGGCUGAGGUGGCUAGACUUUCUGAUGCAGCAUAUGGGAUUGAUAUGCUGAGUACUAUCGGUUACAUGUAUUCAAGACAAGCUGCCAAGGAGCUUGGAAAAAAAGCUAUCCUUUUGGGGGUUCCUUUUAUAGCUGAAUGGUUUAGGAACAAAGGUCAUUUUAUUAAAUCCCAAGUGACAGCUGCAACAGGUGCAAUAGCUCUUAUGCAGUUGCAGGAAGAUUUAAAAAAACAUCUCAGUUCGGAAUGUAAUUACACUGAUGAGCAACUUGAAGCUUACAUGCAGAGUCAUAAAAAGGUUAUGGUGGAUUCCUUAUGGAAGCUUAACGUUGCUGAUAUAGAGGCAACUCUGUCACGUGUCUGUCAAAUGGUUCUUCAAGAGAGCAAUGUCAAGAGAGAGGAAGUAAGAGCUCGAGCUAAAGGAUUGAAAACUUUAGGCAAAAUAUUCCAGCGUGUUAAGCUCAAUAAUGAAGGAGAAGCAGCAACAAUGAAGCAUACGAUAAAUAAUUUGGAUGAUAAUGUUGGUACCUCUCCGGAUUCAUCACCAACAUCUCCCAGGGUGCAGCCAUUCGAUGCAAACCCACCAUAUUCUCAGCAGAUUGUCAGGAAUGUGUCAACAUUCCUAAAGUGCAAACUGGCCUUAGGGUAUUGCUGCUGCUCCGGGGAUGGACGCAAAUCUGCUGCUGUAUGGUUGUGGUGGAGUCAGCACUCUGCUUGGCACAAGGAGACGCACUGUUGCUCAUCAUCGCCCUUCUGUGAAGUUGUCGGUGCAUUUGCAAACUGCAAUGGUGCCAAUUCUGAAGAGCGAAUCGCACCAGCUGAUGGGGUCGUCUCCAGAUGCCAAGCUCAGCCCUGCGCCCCGGCAAGCCGGCGGCGUCGCUUUCUGCCCGUGCGGUGCAAACCGACGGCGGAGUCCCUGAAGACCAGUGUGGGCGGGGCUUCUUUUUCUACGCCUCCGGUGAGGGAGGGUGGGGUUUUGCGCCGGGGACAGCGACGGCGAAGUCUGCGGCUGGCUGAAGCGGCGGUUCGUCUCGAGGCGCUCCAGUUGCUCAGUUUAGCUUCUGGUGAUGCUGUGCUGGAACGGGCAGACGGCAGCACCCUGAACUGAAGCAACAAGCACUACUGUGGAACUAGCACGACACGUGAAGACACGGACCAAAUUCCUGUUAUUAUGAACUACUCCCUGCAGGUCUGUAAAACGUCUUAUAUUAUGUACUGUAUGUACAGAAGGGACUACCAGUUUCAUUUCACGGAUUAUAUUACAAAGUCAAGUGCCGUGACGCACG